AUGAACCGCCUCUUCGGCACCCCCGCCCCAAAAGCCCCCAAACCAACCCUCAACACCGCCAUCACCUCCCUCGACACCCGCAUCUCCUCCAUCGACGUCAAGCUGUCCGCCCUCAACACCGAGCUAACAACCUACCAAACCAAGCUCUCCAAAAUGCGCGACGGCCCCGGCAAGACCGCCCUAAAGCAAAAAGCCCUCAAAGUCCUCCAGCGCCGCAAACAAUACGAAGCUCAGCGCGACCAGCUCCAGUCCCAAGUCUGGAACAUGGAGCAGGCCCAGACAAUGCAGGACAACCUCAAAAACACAAUGGUCACCAUCGACGCACUAAAGCAAACAAACAAGGCCCUGAAAAAAGAGUACGGCAAGGUCGACAUCGACAAGAUUGAGCGCCUGCAGGACGAGAUGGCGGAUCUGCUGGACGUGGGGAAUGAGAUACAGGAAAGCCUGGCGAGGAGUUACGACAUUCCCGAAGAUGUGGACGAGGCAGAGUUGGAUGCCGAGCUCGAAGCCUUGGGGCAGGAGGUCGAGUUGGAAAGGGAGAUGAUGGGCGGGGACAUGAAUUCGCUGCCGAGUUUUAUGCAGGAUGAGGUGCCCGAGUUUAUCGAUGAGCCGCCUGUUGCUGGGCAGGCCGGCAAGGUCAAGGAGGCUGCUGGUUAA